AUGGCUCUAACGAACGGCCAUGUCAAUGGCACGAACGGCGUCAAUGGCCACGCACACCAACUAUACGGGCGUUUCUCCGACAUACCAGCCGUCAUCGAUAUCCCAGUACGUGGCGAGGAUGGCGAAGAAGCUGUCAAUCUCGACCUUGUGGACCUCAUCGAUGAAACAGACGAGCUAUGCGACCUUCUUGAGAACGAGAAUGCUGCGCGCAACUACUGGAUAACAAUCGCCCUCGCGUAUGCAAAACAGAAGAAAGUGGCCAUCGCAAUAGACAUCUUGCAGAAGGGUCUUGGCGCUCUAAGAGCAGGUCGAGGUGAAGACAGACUGAGCAUGCUCUCCUGCUUGUGCUGGCUAUACCUGUGGAUGUGUCGCCGUGCCGUCCGAAAACCCAUGCAAUCGGCCGAUGACGUGCCAAAUAAGGACUACUGGUUGAAGCUUGGAACGCAGACACUCAACGAUGCCUCGCGCAUCAACCCUUCGUACGCUCCACUGUACCUGGCGAGAGGCACGCUAUACCUUCUACGCGCCUCGAUGCAAACGCCGAAGGAAAGGGCAGACACGCUGAAGCAGGCGGCGAAGAGCUUCGACGAGGCGUAUAGGCUAUCUGGGCAGAAAAACAUCAUGGCCGUCCUCGGCAAGGCUAGGGUGCAGUUCUCGCUAGGCAGGUUUGCAGAGUCGCUGGCUUUGUAUCAGCAAGCACUGCAGUCUGCGCCGGACAUGCUGGAUCCGGACCCAAGAAUAGGCAUUGGCUGUUGUCUGUGGCAGCUGGAGCACAAAGACGCAGCUAGAGGAGCAUGGCAGCGGAGCUUGGACCUCAAGCCUGAUGAGAACAUUAUUGCCAAUGUGUUACUUGGCCUGUCGUAUCUGGAUGAAAGCAGUCAAUAUGCCAGCUCUGAUUCACAAUUCCGUUCACUAUACAGCAAGGCUAUGACGGUCCACACGCAGGCCGCUUUCAAGAUGGACGCCAUGCAUGCACUCACUUCUGCCACUCUCGGCGAGUACUUUCUGCGCCGACAGAACUGGGACAAUGUGGAGCGUCUCGGCCGAAGAGCGGUCGAGCAGACAGAUGUCGGUGCUAUAGCAUCUGACGGCUGGUAUCUGAUGGCAAGGAAGGAGCACUAUCUGGGCACCGAUCUGACCAAGGCCGCCGAACAUUACAACAAAGCGGACGUGGCACGUGGUGGCGACGAGAAAGGUUUCUUGCCUGCCAAGUUCGGUGGUGCACAGCUCAAGACGCUCAUGGGUGAUCUUGACGGUGCAAAGUUUAGGCUUGACAAGAUCAUCUCUGGGUCUAACGCUGCCACUGGCGGAGGACAGAAGAGUGUUGAAGCUAUGACUUUACUUGGCAUGUUGUAUGCUGAAGAAGUCUUUGCCAACCAAGCUGCAGCCGGCAAGGAAGAUAAGACUGUUGAGCAGAAGAAAGCGAUCGGCUUGCUGGAGCAAGUGAGAGUCAUCUGGAAAGAUCCGAAGCGGAAAGGGUCGCCCGAUGCAGCGGUGCUGCUGAAUCUGGCGCGCCUUUACGAGCAAGAGCAGCCGGAGAAAGCGUUGGCCUGCCUUCAGCAUGUCGAGCAAAUGGAGCUGGAUGACAUUGCUGAUGACGACGAGCGCUUACCUGACGAGAUCGGCGAGGCAACUGAGGAGCGAAGGGCCAAGAGGGAGCUGCUUAGUCCGCAGUUACUGAACAACAUCGGCUGCUUCCACUUUCAGGCGGACAGGUUUACCGAGGCGCGCGAGGACUUUCAGACCGCACUUAAUAGCUGCGUAAAGAUGGGUGAGCGCGACGCUAGCCUGGAUACGGAUGCGCUUGUCAGCACAAUCUCCUACAACCUGGCCCGGACUUACGAGGCGGAAGGCAUGAAUGAGGAGGCGAGGAGGAUCUACGAUGGUCUCCUCGAGCGGCACCCCAAUUACACUGACGCGAAUGCACGGCUGGCUUAUCUCAGCCUGAGUGCUGCGCCCGCUGAUGGUGCGGAAGCGAUCAAGCAGCUUAUGGAGUCUGAUCCUUCAAAUCUAGAGAGCAGGGCGCUGUAUGGGUGGUACCUCCACCGCAGCAAGAAGCGAACACACAAUCUACCGGAAGAUGUUGAGCAGAAACACUACAAAGACACGCUGCAGAAGUUCGAUAAGCACGACAUGUACUCUCUGGUCGGUAUGGGUAAUCUGCACCUUGCUGUCGCGCGUGAGAUGCGUAGAGAAACGGACCAGGACAAAGACCGCCGGAGCAAGACGUACAUGCGCGCUGUAGAGUUCUUCGACAAGGUGUUGACGCUUGACCCACGCAAUGCGUUCGCUGCGCAAGGCUUGGGCAUAGCCAUGGCGGAGGACAAGAAAGACACCAACGCCGCGAUUCAGAUCUUCAGCAAAGUGCGCGAGAGUCUGAAAGGCUUGAGCGGAAGCGUGCACCUCAACCUCGGGCAUGUGUUUGCAGAGAUGAGACAGUGGAGUCGAUCGAUCGAGAACUACGAGCUUGCGCUCAGCCGGUCGGCGAAAGAGCGCGCGGAUGGCAAGCCUGACCCUCAGAUCUUAGCAUGUCUCGGUAGAGUAUGGUUGAUGCGCGGGCGACAGGAGAAGAAGCUGGAAGCGUAUCAGACAAGCUUGGACCUGUCCAAACAGGCUUUGGAGCUCGCGCCGGAGAACGUCAGCUUCCGGUUCAACGUCGCCUUUGUGCAGAUCCAGCUGACGCAGCUGCUUAUCGGUCUGCCGGAGGCGCAGAAGUCGCUGCAAGAUGUGGAACAGGCGGGUCACGGCUUGGACGAUGCGAUUAAUGCGUUUAUUGAGAUCGCAAAGUCGCCCAAUCCGCCCUUCCCUCGUGGCGAUCUGGAGGCGCGUGCGAAUAUGGGGAGAAAUACUAUGAAGCGACAGCUGGCGGGCGCGAUGGAGAAGCAGGCCGAGUAUGAGCGGAAGAAUGCUUCGAGGCUUGAAGAGGCGCGCCGACGGCGCGAGGAGGAGAUCAAGAAGCGGGAGGACGACAAGCGGAAAGCGGAGGAAGCGGCUGAGGAGCAACGACGGAAGGUUAAGGAGGAGCGUGACCGGAUGGCGGAGGAGGAUCGGGAGAUGGUGCGUCGAAAACUUGAGGAAGAUCGAGCGAGGGAGGAGGCGGAGAUGACGGUUGAUGAGGAGACCGGGGAACGGAAGAAGCGGGAGCGGAAGCCAAGGGAGAAGAGACAGAAGCGCAAGAAGAAGAGGCGCAGUCGGGCCACGAGUGGUGAGCCGGGUACUGGUUCGGAGGCGGAGCCAGGUAGAAGGAAGAAGAGGCGAAAAUUGGAGCGGAAGGGGCAGGCGGUCAGGGCGAGCAAGUAUAAGUCUAAGGAGACGGUGGAGGAGUCGGAUGAGGAUGAGGAUGGUGAUGGGGCUGUGCCGGCGGAGGGGACGGAGGUGGGUGGGGACGGGGACGAGGAGGUGCCGAUGGAUGAGGCUAUGGGUGAGAAAUUGGAGGAGGAGCAGGAGGCGGCGGCGAGGCCGAUGCUGAGGAAGAAGGCGGCGAGGGUGCUUCAUGAUGAUGAGGAUGAGGAUGAGGAUGAGGAUGGUGCGGCAGCUGCUGAUGGGGAUGCGGCGAUGGAAGUAAAUGGUGUUGGUGAGCCUGAGGAUGAGUAG